GAAACCUCAUGCUCCCCACCUGCUUCUGUCCCUUUGUCCCAAUAACCAGACCACUCACAUUGGUUGUUUCGGCUAGCCUGCACUCCAAUUUCGUGUUCGUGGCGAACCUGACCCCAGCUAGUUCCCGCAGACUAUGGCGUCAGGGCUUAGCUCUUCGAAAAUCACCGUGUAGCGUACAGGCUAUUGUUCCAACUGACAAGCAUUCACGUGAACAGCUUUAGAAACACCUGGUACAAUAGCCUGGAACUGCUGAAAACGCAACUUUAGUCAGCGCUUCACCAUCCGAUUCUCGCAUUCGCGAGGCGGAUCGACCCACCACGAUGGAUCGGUCCGUGAGCGCGAGGCGGAAGGCGGAAGCGCCGAUUCCGGCGGCGCAGGAAGGGUUCUGGUCGAGCUUCGUGAAGAGGGUGGCGGACUUCGUGCUCGAGGACGACAUUCCGUCGUCGCGCGUCGCCACCCCGCGACAGCAGCAGUCGCCGACGCUCAAUGCGGAGGAUCUUCUGGGGAAGCCAGUUGCCGCCAGCCAUGUCUCCAGCAGCCCGCGGAAGGGCAGCGCCAAGCCAAGCCCCAAGACAAGCCCCUCGCAGACACAGCCUGGAGCCAGUGAACCCGCAGGAGGCUCAAAGCCGACGCAGGCACGGAACAAUGGAACCGCGAGAUCUUCUGCGGCUGCAGGUGCAACCAGAUCAACGGCUGCAGGCGCAGCUGGAUCAACGGCUGGAUCAACGGCUGCAGGCGGAACUGGAGGAGCCAAGCGGGCUGCAGCGGGUUCGAAGGCAGCAGGUGCAGGAGGAGGCGGUGGAGGUGCAAAGGGUGGUGGUGGUGGUGGCGGUUUUGUUCAGGGAGGGCUGGACGCCAUUAUCAACUCGAUCUCCCUGCUGGGUGACACUCUUGGCACUGCUCUCGACGAAGGCAUUGGCAAAGUGGUACAGGUCGCUGUGGAGGAUCACCCUGCCCCCAGGAGAACCCCAGCUGCUGCCUCCAAGCCUGGGCCGUCUGGCAGGCUCUCAGUAUCGAGAGCGCCGAGCCGAGAGGGACGGACCAGGCUCGUGCAAACGGGUGGGGCUGACAGGGCUUCUGGUUCUGCCACGGGGUCAGUAGGAGGAGCAACAGCAGCAGCAGCAGCAGAAACUUCAGAGGCAGCAUCAAAAGCAGCAGCAGCAGCCACAACAGCAGUGCGUUCAGAAACAGGGGGGGUGUUUGCAGGGGAAGCAGCGUUACCCGCAGCUAGAGCAACAGCUGGGGUCACAGCGCGGGCCAUGGCAACGGAAACAGGUGCAGUGACGCCCACAGCAGCAGCAGCAGCAGCAGCAGCAGCACCAGCAGCAGCACCAGCAGCAGCACCAGCAGCAGCAGCAGCAGCAGCAGCAGCACCAGCAGCAACAGCAGCAGCAGCAGCACCACCACCAGCACCACCAGCACCACCAGUAACGGUUCCAGACUUGGACUGGAGUAGUGGUAUGGGUCAGGGGCCGGCUGGGAGCGUGCCUGUAGAGCAGCGGAUGCAGGGGCGAGAGGGGGCGGCACAGCAUGUGGGAGGUGAUGCUUCGCUCAUCUCUCCUGCUUCCCUCGUCUCCCCUAGUUCCCUUGCUUCUCCUGCAUCUAUCGCUGCACAACCCGACGAGCCCCUUGCGUCUCCUCCCCCUCAAGCUCCCGGUCACGUGUCCGCUGGCCCAGCUGCCACGUCAGCCGCCACAUCAGGUGCUGCGCUGGCAGCUGAAGAUGAUCUGCUAGAGCGGCUGCCGAAGACGAGGGAGAUGCUUGGAGGGGGAGAGGAGGGGAUGAGGCGGGCGAGUGAAACGGCGGUGCACGUGCCCAAGGAGACCCAGCUAGUGGCGUCCAGAAAUGUGGCAACGGCCAUGGCCAUGCGAGCAAAGCAGCUGCAAGCGGACCUCAAGGCAGCAAGGCGAGACGCGAUGGAUGCUCGAGAGAGGUGCAGAGCGGCAGAGGAGGAGAAUGAGCGGCUCAGAGCGGCGCUGGCUGCUGCAGAGGCGGAGAGGGGGCGAGGGAAGGGGGAUGAAGGUGGAGGGGAGGGGGAGAUGGAGGGAGAGGGAGGGGUGCACACGCAUCACCAUCAUCACCACUCCGAACUGGAGGACAUGCUGCACCAGCAGCUGGACGUGUUACUACAGGAGAAGGCGCAGCUGGUGAAGAGCAAGGCGGCGGGGGAGCGGGAGAACGACAUGCUGCACCAGCUGCUGGUGUACUACGAGCACAUGUACCUCCGGGACACCGGCAUGGCGGGGGGGUAUGCUGUGCUCAUGGAUGGCCAUGGGCGCAUCGCGUUCAAGGAUGGACAUGUGGAGGAUGGGCAUGGUACCGUGGAGGAUGGGCAUGGCACUGUGGAGGAUGGGCACUUGCAACCGGUGGAUGCCUGCCUUAUUCCUGACUCUGCUGCGGAUGCUCCUGUUACUGGUGCUGCCGAUGCUGCUGCGGAUGCUCCUAUUCUUGGUGCUGCCGGUGCUGCUGUGGAUGCCCCUGUUACUGGUGCUGCUGGUGCUGCUGCUGAUUCUCCUGCUACUGGUGCUGCUGUUGCGGAUGAAGCUGUCUCUGGUGCUGAUAUCACUGCUGACAAUAGUGUUGGCACUGCUGCUUCUGGCGCUACCAAUGAUGUAUGCAAUUCAGGUGUUGGUGGUGCUGCCACUGCUUGUGCGAAUGGGGAGUCUAGAACUGAGCUUCUUGGGGAUGGGGAGGGUGAGAGCAGAUCCCAUGCUAGUGAGGAGGCAGAGGGGCACUCUGACGGGUGGCAGGAGGAGAAAAAUGGGGGGGGGCAGAAGAAGACUGGCGAUGACCAUGAAGAGGUGUCGGCUUUGCAGCAGCGGGUGGCAGAUUCAUGCUCCUCAGAGGAGCUUACGGCGGAUGGAAGGGCUUGUUGUGAAGAGGCUAAGGUGGUAGAUGCAAGUGGUGAUGCGGCGAAGGCAAAUGGCGCAGUCUCCGAGGGAUUGAAAGAUGAGAGAAGAGGUGCAGAGAAUGGGUGUGCAGGGAAAUCUAUUGACGACCGAAUUGCUUCCAAUAUUUAUGCUGGUAGCUGAGGCAUGGGGUUUGCUAUAUAUUAGAUGGUAGUAUUUGAUUUGCCUGACAAAAGUACUGUACGAAGAACAAUGGUAGGCCCCACCGCAGGAAAUGCUCAAUCCGGGAGGAAGGCUAGGCAUAUGGAUUUGACAAUGUAUGUACGGAGUUGGCUUUGUAAUCACUAAAAUUGAAUUGAAUAGGAGAGGUCGAAUUAAAAAAUAUUUGUAGA